AUGUUCAAAUUCAAUUUCAACCAAUCCGACCAGGAUUUGCCACAGGUUUUAAAAAAGACAGAGCCAACUACGAAAAUCGAUUGGCUGGAAUCAAAGGUCCAUUCCAUCCCCAAGGAGUCCGAAUCUCGAGAUUUCCCGAGCUUGAAUAUCCCGAUCUCCAAGGACCUAACUCUCAAAGUGAUCCAAAGUCAUGAGAUUUCUGCCCAACUGAUCGAGAGCAAUGACAAUCUAACCAGUGUUCUCGGUGAAAGUGAUCUUCAACCCGGCGUUUACGAAGGGGGUCUGAAGAUCUGGGAGUGUUCAGAGGACCUAGCCAAGUAUUUAGAGAGAGAUCUCCCUGCUGAUUUAUCUUCCUUUCGAGUGCUUGAACUCGGUUGUGGAGCCGCUUUACCUGGACUCGUGUGCUUACGAAGGGGAGCGCACGUAGAUUUCCAGGAUUACAAUCCCGAGGUUCUCGAUCACGUCACUAUUCCCAAUUACCUAUUGAACCGGGAUAAAUCGAGGGACAUCAAUUCAACAUUUUUGUCCGGAGAUUGGGAUGCUGUGCGGGCCAGUUUAACUAAGGACUCUUGCACAUAUGAUCUGAUUUUGGCCUCGGAAACCAUCUACAAUCCGGACAACUACGCCAAGCUCAUUCGAACGUUUCGCGACUUAUUAUCCAAAGACUCGAAAAGCUCGGUGUUGUUGGCAGCCAAAACGCAUUAUUUUGGUGUAGGAGGCGGGACACGACAGUUUGAGGAAGAGUUGACCAGAACCGGAGACUGGGAUAUCCAGAAUGUGUCUAAAACCCAUGAUGGAGUUCAAAGAGAGAUCAUUAGAAUAUCGAGGAAAUAAUAAAGUUCAUUUCCCUUUCA